ACCAAAAAUUUCACACAAACACAUACUUAAACUGAAACAACCUCUCUACCCAACAAAAAAAGGGGUAAGAUCUGCAUACGUUCUAUCUUUUCUAAUUCACCUGUGAAAUUACACUGAGUAUAUUGUUGUUGUUACACACUUAAACGUGAGAAAGGAAUAUGGGUUCUGUUCCUCAUGUAGUAGAAGACUGCUUAGGUAUCCUUCAACUUUACAGUGAUGGCUCCAUUUCUCGGACAAGUGAUGACCAAAUAGACUUCGAUAAUUUUCCUAUCAAAGACGAUGGCUCAGUCGUCUGGAAAGACAUCCUUUACGACGGAAAACACAGCCUCUCUCUCCGUCUGUACAAACCCAAAUAUUGUGCAAACAAUAAGUUGCUGCCAAUCAUCUACUUCUUUCAUGGUGGAGGUUUCUGUGUAGGUUCACGUACGUGGCCUAAUUGUCAUAACUGUUGCCUCCGUCUCUCCUCUGAACUCCAAGCCCUUGUCAUCGCUCCCGACUAUAGGCUGGCCCCCGAGUAUCGCCUUCCUGCUGCCAUGGACGAUGCGUUAGCGUCCAUCAAGUGGCUGCAGAAUCAGACUUUGUCAGAAGGUACUACGCUUGAUUCAUGGAUUAAGGAUAAAAGUAUUAAUUAUGAACGGGUUUAUGUGAUUGGAGACUCAUCUGGUGGGAACAUGGCACACCAUUUGGCAUUGAGGCUUGGGGUUGGCUCACCCGAGUUGGCACCGGUUAGAGUACGUGGUUAUGUUCUCAUGGCACCAUUUUUUGGGGGAAGUUUAAGGACUAAGUCUGAAGAAGAGGGACCUGAUGAACCUUUCUUGAAUAUGGAAAUUCUUGACAGGUUUUGGAGGCUAUCACUUCCAACUGGAGCUACUGCAGAUCACCCAUUGGCAAACCCAUUUGGGCCAUUAAGCCCAAAACUAGAGCCCAUGAAGCUUGAUCCACUAUUGGUGAUUGUAGGAGGAAAUGAACUUCUCAAAGAUAGAGUUGAAGAUUAUGCAAGGAAGUUGAAAGACCUAAACAAGGAUGUUGCCUAUUUUGAGAUUGAAGGAAUGCACCAUGGUUUUUUCACAAAUGACCCUUUCUCACAAAUUGCAAAUCUAGUUUUGCAAGAGAUCAAGUACUUCAUGUGUAGGACCUCUUGUUAGAAUUAUAAGAACCUAGCUAUGUGAGCUAGCUAGCAAGGUUUACCCUAGUUAGUGCUAGAUAAACUAAGUACAAUAUUGGACUAACACAGACUAAGUCUAUCCUCAAAAGGUAGAGUUGAAUUUGUUUAGUGGUUUAAAGGAUAUAUGGAUUGAUUUGU